AUGCCGGGCAUGAUGGAUAAAGGCUCGGAAUAUUUAGGAAAGGGUCGCUCAAAUGGCACCAAAAGUCCGUCCAAUGCCUCUAACGGGCAUUUUUCUGACGAAAGCGGCAGCGACGACGAACACGAUGUGGGGAUGCGUGUUGGAGCAGACUUCCAGGCCACUAUCCCCGAAUUUGAGCCCGGUGCCACCAAGUACACAGAAAAAGACAGUGAAGGGAUGCUGGUUUGGUCUCCCUAUCACACCAUCGUUGACUCCAAACUUGAUGAAUACAUCGCUAUCGCCAAAGAGAAACAUGGAUACAAUGUGGAGCAGGCUCUUGGCAUGCUUUUCUGGCACAAACACAACAUUGAGAAAUCUUUGGCUGACCUGCCAAACUUCACCCCAUUCCCAGACGAGUGGACGGUAGAGGACAAAGUUCUUUUUGAGCAGGCCUUCAGCUUCCAUGGAAAGAGCUUUCACCGCAUCCAGCAGAUGUUACCAGACAAAUCCAUCUCCAGCUUGGUGAAGUACUACUACUCGUGGAAGAAGACACGCUCCAGAACAAGCCUGAUGGACCGACAGGCUCGCAAACUGGCCAACAGGAGCAACCAGGAUGAGAGUGAUGAGGAGAUGGAGGACACCAAUCCCCUUGAAGCCAAUGACAGUGACUAUGACCCCAACAAGGAAACCAAGAAAGAGAGCCAGGCAGAGCCCCCAGUACCAGGAUCUAAGGUGGCUUUGGGUCGACGGGAGCACCAGACCCUGCAGCACCGACAUCACCAACGCUCUCGCUGUCGUCCCCCCAAAGGCAUGUACCUGACCCAGGAGGAUGUCGUGGCCGUGUCCUGCAGUGCCUCUGCCGCCAACACCCUUCUGCGUCAGCUGGAUAUGGAGCUGGUGUCCCUCAAGAGACAGGUCCAGAAUGCCAAACAGAUGAACAGUGGACUAAAACACAUGUUGGAGACUGGAAUUGAAGAGUUCAGGCUGCCCGAGUGUAACCAGAAGGUGAAUGCACGCUGGACCACAGAUGAGCAACUCCUGGCUGUUCAAGGUGUGAGGAAGUAUGGAAAAGACUUCCAAGCCAUCGCAGAUGUGAUUGGUAAUAAAACGGUGGGCCAGGUGAAGAACUUUUUUGUGAACUACAGGCGGCGAUUUAAUCUGGAGGAGGUGCUGCAGGAGUGGGAGGCAGAGCAGGGAACUAAACCUCCCAAUGGAGACAGUGCCACCUCCGGAGAGGAGGGAAAGAACAGUUCAACCACUCCUUCAGGAAAGAGCACAGACGAAGAGGAUGAAGAGAGUCAGGUGACUUCCUCAGGUGCAUCUCCUGGUGCAUCCUCUUCAUCAGCUCAGACUCCAGUGACGUCCAGUGCCUCCUCUUCAUCUCUCCACCAGCCCCCUCCCCUUCUGCGCCCCUCCCUCCCAGCCACGCCCUCCUUGCACCGCCAGCCCCCACCACUCCAACAACAAGCCCGCUUUCUGCAGCCCCGACCCACCCUGCAGCAGCCCCCACCUCUCAUCCGUCCGUCCAACCCAAUGCCACCCCGCCUCAACCCCCGACCUUCUGGUCCCUUGACCCUCGGUGGAAACCCUGCAGGGUCAGGUCCUAGCUCUGCCCAGCAGUCCUCUACCCUGACUGUCCAUCCGUCGGAUAUGGCCUCAUCUUCCUCCAUCCACUAACAAACAUCACACUGAGAUUCUGUUUAAAAAAUGGAAGAAAGAAACUACUCUGUCUGAACAUGAAGCUGUCUGCAGGACAGCUGUAUUCUGUUCCUGUGAGAAAAUCUGACUGUAUCCUCUUAAACAUCAACAGUCACUUCCACUGCUACUGCUAAUAAGCUUCUCUCCUUUUAUGUCAUAAAAAGAAAGUACAACCUCUUUCAGUUUUCAGAUUUUAUGUAUCAGGACUUUAGUACAGUUUCAGAAAUAAGUAUUUGAUCCCCUCCUGGAUUUGUAAGUCUAUAGGUAUUUUUUUGUAGUUUCAUUUUAAUGCAGAGAGACCAAAUAUUACUCAAUAACAUGCAAAUCUAUUUGUAACUUUUAUCUAAUAUAUAUGUUCUGGUUUUUCAGUUUAUAUUAUCGCUCUCCAUUAAAAUGAAACUCCCAUAAAAAUUAGAGACAAAUUCAGCAGGGGAUCAAAUAAAUAUUUCCCCCACUGCAGCAAUAACUGGCCUCACAAUUAAUACUCAAAUUCUUUGUAUGGAAAGGAUUUUUUAUUGUCUCAAUGACUGCAAGGUACCUAGGUCCUGAGGCUUCAAAACAAGCCCAAAUCAUCAUGUUUCUACUAGGGUUUAAUAUUUUUCCCGAAAAUGACAUGAAUCAAAUCC